AUGACAUAUGCAUGACAAAGGUGACAUUUGUCCUAACCUCUAAUUGCAAUAUUAACUAAGAGCUAUAUGUGGACUUUUAAGUGAAAAUGCUAGAAAAGAUAGUACCUAUUUCUAGAUUAGGUAUUUUAGGAAAAAAUGUGGUACAUUUGAAUAAAUCUCGGUUAUUACAUACAACAUCAAUAUGCUGCAAGAACCAAGCUGGCCGAUAUCGAGUAACCCCCAAAGGCGAUUUCCCCUUAACCUAUGAAAUGGCCAAUCCGCCACAUCAAAUCGCCCAUCGUAAAUCAUGGAAUUCUUGGAAUACCUCUAAUAUGGCAGGAGGAAUUAGACCAGCAGAAACGGCCGUUGAAGACGUUUUUAUUAGAAAAUUUAUGACUGGAACUUGGCACAACUUAUUUGUCAGUGAAAUCAUUAUAAAGAGACAGUAUAAUAUCAUUCGAAUAGCUGGACUUGUUCAGAGAUCCGUGAGCGCUAGAAAAAUGUACUUUUUGAUAGGCUAUACAGAAGAAUUAUUAAGUUUUUGGUUACAAUGCCCUAUUAGGCUAGAAUUGCAGACUGUGGCCGAUAAAAAAGAUGUAGUGUUCAAAUAUAUUUAAAGUAACAUUUGUGUUUAGGUUAAUAAAAAAUAUACAUAUA